CCAGAGUUGACCCCACACUAUAUUUUUCCAACGUAAACUCCCUUUGAAAGAACAUACUUAAGUAAGAAGACCAACAACAUUUGUCACACAAACAAAACAAAACAAAACAAAACAAGAAAAGAGAAAGCAAAAAAAUGGAAGUAAAGAAAAGUUUAAACAAGUUCUGGGUUUAAUUUGCGCCAUUAAAACUUCAAACAAACAAAAAAAAAAAACAAAUUCACACAGAAGUUAAACUUAUUUAGUAAGAGAAAUUGUGGGAUGUUUCUAGAACCACCGGUUACGGCGGCGAUUAUGCUUUUAAUCGCCGCCGUGAUUUUUCCAGCGACGGUUAAUUCCACAAGUUUUCCGGCAAGUAUUCUCCGACUUGAGAGAGCUUUUCCGGUGAAUGAGAAGGUAGAGAUGGAAGUUCUUCGUGCACGAGACGCGGCACGCCACGCAAGAAUCUUGCAAAGUGGCAGCAGAGGCGGCGGCGGUGGAGGUGGAGGUGGGGUUGGUGGGGUGGUUGAUUUUGUUGUUCAGGGUACCUCUGAUCCUUACCUUGUUGGGUUGUAUUUUACUAGAGUCAGAUUGGGAAACCCUCCCAGGGAAUACAAUGUGCAGAUCGACACCGGAAGCGAUAUAUUGUGGAUUAAUUGCAAUUCGUGUAAUGACUGUCCACGGACGAGUGGCCUUGGGGUUGAGCUGAAUUUUUAUGAUACCACUGGCUCCUCAACUGCUAACAUGGUUUCGUGUUCGGACCCAAUAUGUACUAAUUUGGUCCCGACGACAUCGUCUCAGUGCUCAGCUGAGACUAACCGGUGUGGUUACUCGUUCCAAUAUGGUGAUGGAAGUGGGACAUCAGGGUUUUAUGUAUCUGAUAUGUUUUACUUUGAUAUGAUCCUCGGGAACUCUAUGGUUGUUAACUCAUCUGCUUCUAUUGUUUUCGGCUGCAGCACCUAUCAAUCUGGGGAUUUGACCAAGUCUGAUCGUGCUAUUGAUGGGAUCUUUGGUUUUGGUCAGCAGGGCUUGUCUGUUGUAUCCCAAUUAUCUUCGAGAGGGAUCACACCUCGGUCAUUUUCCCAUUGUUUGAAAGGAGAGGGAAAUGGUGGGGGUAUUCUGGUCCUUGGCGAGAUUUUGGACCCACGUCUUGUGUACAGUCCACUUGUGCCAUCACAGCCUCAUUAUAAUUUGGAUCUGCAGAGCAUUGCAGUCAAUGGCCGAUUGUUGCCAAUUGAUCAGUCGGUGUUUACAACAUCAAACAACCGAGGGACAAUUAUCGACUCUGGAACAACAUUGGCAUAUCUGGUCGAAGAAGCUUACAAUCCUUUCGUUGCAGCAGUAACUGGUGCAGUUUCACAAUCUACGAAACCUCUUUUUUUUAAAGGAAACCAGUGUUACAUGGUUUAUGCUAGUGCAAGUGAUAUAUUUCCAUCUGUGAGCUUGAACUUUGCGGGUGGUGCUUCCAUGGUAUUGAGACCAGAAGAAUACCUUGUACAUAUGGGUUUUGUCGAUGGUGCUGCGCUAUGGUGCAUGGGUUUUCAGAAAGUUGACCAAGGAGUAACAAUCUUAGGAGACCUCGUUCUGAAGGAUAAGAUCUUUGUUUAUGAUCUAGCUCAUCAGAGAAUUGGAUGGGCUAACUAUGACUGUUCCUUGUCUGUUAAUGUCUCGGUUACAUUUGGCAGGGACGAAUUCAUUAAUGCAGGGCAACUAAGCGUUAGCAGCUCAUCCAAAAAUUUUCUCCUUGGUCUAAUACCUCCGCUCUUUGAGGCUCUUAUUGCACAGAUUAUAGCCUUUCUGAUCUUGUAGCUAACCUUCCUUCCAUUUCAGAUUAAUUAUUACCCAAUCUUUUGCUUUGUCAAUUGUUAUUACCAUUGAUUGGCAAUGCAUGGUAGUUUUCUCUAAGAUAAAUUUGUAACUUUCCUGUUCUUUGGUACGUCGCGUGCAUGCGCCCCGGAUCACUGGUUUGAAGACUGGAGGUCUGGAGCAGUGCUAGGAAUGUAAAUUAUCAGGUGUUGUAGAAUUAGGAUUACGGCUGUUGAAGUAGAAUACAGUCAUCUUAUUCGAGUUUCAGGAGAUUUGCUCCAGAAAUAGAGGGAAACAACUUGUAUUGUUUUUUACUUUUUUUUGUGUCUAAUUAUAGCUGCGAAGCGAUUGUGUAUA